GCGAGCCGGUGUCUUUUGACAUCCUCGACACCAAGUUCGACAUGAUUCUAGGCAUGUCUUGGUUGCGUAGCGCCGAUCAUCCGGUGAACUUCCAUGACCGAACCGUUCACAUCCGUGAUCGGAACGGAGUGUUAGCCCCAUGUACGGUCGCGACCCCUCACACUUCGAUUGCUUGUCACGUGGUUUCCGUUGCGCGGAUUCGCGACGCCAUUGCUCGGAAUGACGUCGAGGAGAUGGGCCUUGUAUUCUUGCAUGCUCUCCCUUCGCCGGACGGACCAGCCGCGUCACCGCUCGACCCACGCAUUUCUCACCUCUUGGAUGAGUAUAGAGACGUCUUCGAGGCUCCCACCGGAACGGUUCCGGAUCGGCCCAUACGUCAUGGGAUCACUCUCGAGGCUGGCGCCGUCCCUCCGCGUGGAUGUAUCUACCGCAUGAGCGAAGAGAAACUCGAGGUGCUUCGCGCACAACUCGAUGAUCUUCUCGACAAGGGUUGGAUUUGCCCUAGUUGCUCGCCAUACGGUGCACUUGUUCUCUUCGUCCGGAAGAGGAACAAAGAUCUAUGGUUAAGCAUCGACAAUCGGAAACUUAAUGCACAAACCGUAAAGAACACCGGCCCUCUCCCUCGGAUUGAUGAUCUGCUAGAGCGGUUAGGCGGCGCGACGUACUUCUCGAAGUUGGAUUUGAAGUCAAGUUACCACCAGAUUGAAAUCCAGCCUCAAGACCGGUACAAGACCUCGUUGAAGACGCGGUACGGGCAUUUUGAGUGGGUCGUCAUGCCAUUUGGACUCACCAAUGCCCCCGCAACGUUUCAAGCAGCGAUGACGACUGAGUUUCGCGACUUGAUCGAUCGCAGCGUCCUCAUCUACCUUGAUGAUAUCUUGGUUUAUAGUAGGACGUUGGACGAGCACAUCGUACACCUUCGCRUUGUUUUGAAUCGUUUGCGACUAGCCAAGUACAAAGCGAAUCUCGACAAGUGCGAAUUCGCCAGGCAAGAGCUUGAGUACUUGGGCCAUUUUGUCACGCCGAAAGGCAUUCGUCCCUUAGCGGACAAGAUCCAAGCCAUCGUGGAUUGGCCGGAACCCCGUUGCACGACGGAUGUACGCUCUUUCAUGGGUUUGGCUAGAUAUUAUCAGCGAUUCAUCGAACCGUACUCGAAAGUGUCCGCUCCUUUGUCGAGACUUCAGUCCCCGAAGGUGCCCUUCGAGUUCGACGACGCAGCCCGUGGCGCGUUCAGUACGUUGAAGGCAGCGAUGCAAGCCGCACCUGCCCUCCGUAUAUACGACCCCACCCUACCCACCCAAGUGACUACGGACGCUUCGGGAUACGGUAUUGGUGCGGUGUUGGAACAAUGUCACGAGGACAGUUGGCAUGUUGAGUAUUUCUCCCAAAAGCUGCCUCUCGUCAACACUCUCGACGACGCUAGGAAGAAAGAGCUACUCGCGUUCGUCACCGUUCUCAAACGGUUUCGCCACUCUCUUAUCGGCCGACGGCGUUUUAAAUGGAAUACGAACAACAAUCCGUUGACCUUUUACAAAACGCAAGACACGGUUACUAGCACAAUCGGUCGAUGGAUGUAUUACAUCGACCAGUUCGAUUUUGACCCGUGCCACAUUCCCGGUUCUGCCAAUCGAGCUGCGGACGCCCUCUCACGACGGCCCGACUUUUGCGCCAUUGUGACCACGACGUUCGACCUCGAUGACGAUCUGCAGCUGCAUUUCGUCAAAGGCUACAAGUCCGAUCCGACUUACUCUACACUGUACGAGGAGCUCUCAUCGGAUCACCCGCCGGCGAGCCACUAUCAAAAUGUCGAGGCCCAUAGGACGUUUGCCAGCCACGAGUGCCCUUGGAAGGAUUCCAAAGACAUGAGGGUGAUGAUCUGUCCCAUCUGCGCGAAGGCCGUUCGACAAGUGUUUGGCGAAGAAGGGGACGUGACAAUGGAUCGGCACAUACGCAGCGAAGCCUGCGAUCCAUCCAAUUACGCCCUAUCGUUCAAUCUGGACACGAAGAAGAAGCCGCGGUGCCCAGUCAAGGGGUGCAAGCAGGUGCUAACCUUCUCAGCGAAGACGCGGUGCAAAUGUUGUGAGAUAGAGGUCUGCCUGCGCCAUCGGUUUCCAGACGAUCAUAGUUGUGUUGGGAUAAAGGUCCCGGCGACUGUGCCCUUGUCGGGAUGGCUGGAGCAAGCCAGGAGGAGUAGGCGGCGGGGAGACGGCCGGUCGGCAGGGAUCAACGGAAGUCUGUUGGCGAGUCUGUCGCUGGGAUCUCGAUCCGGAUCAGAGUGUGCGAUGACAAGCAAGAAGAUAGAUUUGCGGCAGGAUGGCGAGUCUGCCUCGGGAUCGGAGUCCGCGCCGGGGAGAAAAGAUGGGCCACUUCCUCAGCAGCAGCAGCAGCAGCAGCAGCAGGAGUUUUUAGCAGGCUUCUCUGAGGCUGGAUUAGGAGGUGGUGCGAUCGAAGCCCACUGAGAACCGGGUCCAGAAAUUGUAAACCAGGUUGAACUUCACAGCUUGGAACGCAGGCGGGUUAGAGCACAGCGGCAGCAGCAGCAGCAGCAGCAGCAGCAGCAGCAGCAGCAGCAGCAGCAGUUGUUGUUGUCAGCAGGCUUCUCUGAUGCUGGAUUGGGAGGUUGUGGGAUCGAAACCCACUGAGAACCAGGUCCAGGAAUCAUAAACCAGGUUCACAACUGGGACCGAGGUGGACUACCUUCUUCCCCCAAAUAUAACGUAGAGUCAUUACAGCUGUAUUUGAACUAUCUUUCAGUCUAAACACAGCUAUAAUGACCCUACGUUGUAUUCGGGGGUAGAAGGUAGAGCACAGAUGCAGCAGCAGCAGCAGCCGUAGCAACAGGAGUUUUCAGCAGGCUUCUCCGGCGCUGGACUAGGAGGUGGUGGGAUAGAAGCCCGCUGACAACCAGGUCCAGGAAUUGUAAACCAGGUCACCACCUCAGUCUGGUGGAACGGACUGAGUUGUAAAAUUCCUGGACCUGGUUUACAAUUCCUGGACCUGGUUUACAAUUCCUGGACCUGGUUUAAAAUUCCUGGACCUGGUGUAAAAUUCCUCGACCUGGUUUAAAAUUCCUGGACCUGGACUACUAGUAGUGCACAGUGGCAGCAGCAGCAACAGCAGUAUCAGCAGCAUCAGGUGAAGUUGUCGUCAGGCUUCGCUGAUGCUGGAUUAAGAGGUGGUGCGAUCGAAGCCAACUGAAAACCAGGUCCAGCAAUUCUAAACCAGGGUCUGAACAGGUGGAGCAGAGGUGGACUACUACAGCACGGAGGCAGGAGGUAGCAUCAGGAGCAGCAGAGGCAGGAGGUUUCAGCAGGCUUCUCUGAUGCUGGAUUUUUUUUAUUUAUUAUUAUUAUUAUUAUUAUUAUUAUUAUUAUUAUUAUUAUUUUAACAAACAUUGUACGUGGGCGGAUUUGUUGAAAAUCUUCUACGAGCAUUGAAUUUCUUGAAAUGAUCAGUACAACGGUAUAACCCAUUUUGAAAGGUCGUGUAAAAUGGUUGGGGAGCUCCACCUGCUGGAAAUGGGGAUCUGUGAUGUUCGAUUAGAGGAUGCGGUGGGAUUAGACUUCGACAAAGCAUCAUAUGGCAGAAUGAACAAGGAUCCGAGGUACCGUCUUCACCCAAAUAGAACGCCCGGUCAUUAUAGCCGUAUCUGGGGCAGUUUUCUGUCUAGAUGCAGCGAUAAUGACCGGGCGUUCUAUUUGGGUGAAGACGGUAGUUGGCGGUGAAGAUAACGGAGAGGUGCGCUAACGAAUUGGAGAACGACAUUCUGGAAAUUUUGCAAGGUGAGAAAAAGCGUAUCGUAUGUCAAAGGAAAGAUGAAACAGUUAUGUUCCAAGCAAAGUCUCUCAAAAGGCUGUGCACUGUACAGUGUGUAGUAGUUGUAUUCUAGUUGUAGUUACUGUAGCGGAGAGAGAGAGAGGUAGGAUAGCUGAAGGGAGGGGUUACCGUAAGAGUAGAUUGGCAGCUGCUAGGUCAGUCCUCCAGCUGAGUGGAGAAUGAGUGGCAGUUGAAGGGUUUAGGGUUUGAACUUUGAAGUGAAGAAACGAAGGUGGAUCCAACAUGAUCAUGAUAAUUGUAAAGCGCACCUGCU